UUCGUUAUUUUGAUAGACUUUUUGGUAUUUUCGACUUAGUAUUUAUACAAUUGGACUGAUUUACUCUUUUUGGAAGAAUGUUUGUGUUUUCCACUUCAUAUUUUAUCAUGUGGAUAUUUUGUCCGUAACGAAACGCCAUACUUUGAUGUUUUGUUUUGACAAUGGUUUCCCAGAAAAGUCUUGCUUCACCAAUCAAGAGCUACCGCACUCAUUUUCCACGGAAUGCGUGAUAAAACAAAUUCAGUAAACCAAUCAGAAACUAGAAGUACAUUUCCGAGAUUGGAAUUUAAAUACGAUGGCAAGAUAUAUAGGAUCCCAUCCAAUGGAUGAUUGGCUGUGUCCAUCUACUUAUUGCAUUCUUUUCCCACAGAUAAGCAGGUAAGAAGAUGGCCAUGUCCCCUUACAGGAGAUGUAAUUUGUACUCCUUCGGCUUGCUCUUUCUUCUAGUAAUCUUGUCAAUGGUUUUAUUGAAGACCCAUUUAAAAAGCUGUGACCAAAACUCGUCUGAAGUCAAUAGUUUGUUUAAAGAAAGCAUCAAAACGGAACUGAAUGAAAUCCACCUGGAAAUGCAAAAAUUACUUAUGCAUAAACUAGCACCCUCAGCAAGAUUGGUUCAGAAAUUAGGAGAAAUUGUUCAUCGCCUGGACAACAAACGACAACCGAGUUUAACCAACGAAGCAGUCAGCAAAGAUGGUAGCGUGGAUGUGUGCCCAGAGGGGUACCAAGGGGGUAAAUCUGGCUAUCCUCUCUACGCCAAGAAGGGCUGGUACAUCACCAACUGUACCAAUGCUAAACCAAUUCGUUCUGUGAUAAGUAUUUUAGUCAAUACUGUGGCAUAUCCCAAGGAAGAUGAGAACCACGUUGAGAAUGUUUUAAAAGGGAUUACCGAGACGUACCCAACAGUUCAGGUUCAUUUGGCAACAAGAAGUACCGAGAUGAAAAAGGUUGCCGAAAAGUAUAAAAGCAUUGAUGUCGUUAGGCUGGACGAUACAAAGCUAAGCAAAGCGUGGAACACACUUAUAACAAAAACCUCAACUCCUUAUGUACUCGUUGCACGUGACAUUUUCCACUUUACAUGGCUCACCCAGCUUGAGCGGCAAAUUCGUGUGGUGAGUCGGAUACCAAAUGUUGCAGUUGCAGGCGGAGCAUACCGUAAUGUCUCGGGUCACUGGAAAGCUGGCUGUGUGCAGACUAAGCUAAAGAACUACGUCCUGGAAUACCAGGAAGGCUAUUAUCACUCAAAGAAUGAGUGCAUGUUCUGUGAUUAUCUGCAGGGUCCUUUCGUUACUAAAACAAGUCUGUUGAAGCUUGACGAGAACCUUCCAGAUGAGGUUGUGUUCGAAGAUUGGUUUUUAAGCGUUGUUCAAGAUGGCGCCCUGAUCAUGGCAUGUCCAGAUGCUAUGUAUUUCACUAGAGAUUACCAUUCAUAUUCCAAAAGAACUGAUAAGAAGGUGUGGACACCAUUGGCUAAAAAGUGGGAGCUUAAUCGGGUGUUACAACCCCAGGGAGUCAAACAUUCCUUUACUUGUCAAGAUAUUGGUUUUACAUGCAAUGCCCAGAGCGGUUUACUCCCAGUUUGCUGUCAGGAACUCUAUAAAGAAGCCGUGUCUUUUUUCCAAAAGUUUGCCGAUGAGCACAAUGUCAGAUUCGAGCUGGAUAGUGGUUCAGUAUUAGGCGGUGUUAAGUUCAAAGGCCUUAUUCCUUGGGACAUUGAUGGCGAUUUCUUCGUAUUGUCCACAGAUAUCGAAAUUUUUAACAAAAAAGAGACAAUAGAACAUUUCCGGAAAAAUGGUUACAGCCUAACCGAGUAUGAAACACCAAUGCUUGACGGAAAAAAAUACAUGUAUGACGGAUAUGUGAAAGUUAACUUCAACGGAUUUUAUAUUGAAGUAUUUGGCACGACUGCUAUGUCAAACACUGUGUAUCUUCCAACAGAACUGCAAAAGCAUGAAACGUUCACCAAAGCAAGCAUUCGGGGUAACUGGGUUGAUACGAAGUAUAGUCCUGGUUUGUACGCAAGGAAUCGGUACGGAAGAGAAAUACUAAAGCAUUCCCAGUCCUGGUUCAAAGUGGGAUUACCACACAGUUUUGCUGACUAUGAGACUGGAAGCUUCCUACCUUGCAAAAAUCCUCUGCACCACGCUUGCCUGAGUAGUUUCCCUGGCGACGGUGACAUUCCUUUUUUAGUGGCAUAGCAUCAGCUAACCUCCCUAUAGUAUUGUUAUAUUCCUAAAACCUUUCAGUGAUGGCUUUUUUCCUGGUGAAAUUUGUCAGAGAGAUGAUAAAUCGAUAAGAUUAAUUGGCAAAAGUACUUCGUGUCGCCGAAUUAUAAUCAAGACAACAAUGACGAUGAAUGCAGGUAAUAGUCUUUAUUAAUGAAUGAAUGAAAAAAGCAGAUGUUUAUAAAGCUUUUGUCCCUGUAAAUUUAGCUCUCACGGUUUACAGACCGAAUUGUUGUCCACUCAGUUCUAUAUAUCACCAUCAUUUGUUAUAUCAUUGUAGCUAGGGCUUUUUACGAAAUAACGCGCGCCGUGAUUGGGUUAAUUGUAGUCGUAGCCGUUUUUUCCAGCUUUAAUUCCCGUAUGCAUUGUGACCAUUUAUGCUUAGCUGGCUGGAAAAACCAGCUGAUGAAAAACCAUUCAAAAAAACUUGUUCUUACACCACCAUCUGCAGCCCGACAAAUCCUAAGCCGUAUUGAGGGAAUAUUGCUUGAGGUCUCAUUGGUAAGGAUCGAGCGGCUCGGAUAACACGAAGUGCUUAUUUUAUAGCUAGGGUUUGUAAUGUUUUUUUUUUUAAUUUAUGUGGAGAUAAUUUUUACCUUUUGCCAUAAUAAUAUUGAAAGGAAGUAUUUUCUCUUACUUGUGGUUCUUUAGGGAACGAAAAGAAUUGUACAAUGCUUAGAAAGCUGGUUUUUGGCGGCCUGAUGAGGAGGAAAAGAGGAAUGAAAUACAAAAACUAAUGACUUUACUAAUCCACAUUAAAUUUGCUACAAUCUUGUCAAUUUUGCGUCCGGAAUUUGUUGACGGAACAAAUUUGAACCGGAAUCAGUCACAACGGACAGUGAAUGCGGUUGGUUGGUUGGUGUGUUGGUUGAAUGUGGAAGGGCAUGACUGCUUUCAAAACAAACAGGAUUUAAUUAUAUAGCAAAAAUUAUGGAAAGUAACUAGUGCGUUAAUUAAGUGCAAAUUAGUUCGAG